UACGUGAUGCUUCCUGUGUGCGUAGAGCCGAGGGAGAGAUUCUGAUCUGCCGCCGGAGUUCACUACAUCUUUCCCCGCUGCCGGACCUCCGUAACCCCGCACAUUCCUCCAUCAUGGCGGUGAACCUGAGUAAAAACGGGCCUGCGCUCACCGCGGCCUAUAACGAGGUGGUGGGCGAGAAGUCGGAGACGAACUGGGUUCUCUUCACCUACGAGGGAAACACCAAUGACAUCAGACUGGCAGAGAAAGGAGAUGGCGGUUUGGAGGAGAUGGUGGAGGAGCUAAACAGCGGGAAGGUCAUGUAUGGGUUUUGCCGUGUUAAGGACCCCAACUCUGGACUUCCCAAAUACGUCCUCAUCAACUGGACCGGUGAGGGUGUUAAAGAUGCCAGAAAAGGCCAGUGUGCGAACCACGUCAGCUCUAUGGCCAACUUUCUGAAGGGAGCUCAUGUGACGAUAAACGCUCGUGCGGAGGAGGACGUGGAGCCUGACGCUGUCAUGGAGAAAGUGGCUAAAGCUUCAGGAGCGAACUACAGCUUUCACAAAGAGACCAGCCGCUUCAGAGACUCCGGGCCGCAGGGACCUGUGGGAUCUGUGUAUCAGAAGACCAACGCCAUGUCGGAGAUCAAGAAAACCAACAAAGACACAUUCUGGGCUCAAGCUGAGAAAGAUGAGGAGAAGCGUCUUCAGGAGGAGAAGAGAAGAGCGGUGGAUGAGAGACAGCGGCUGGAGAAGGAGAGGAAGGACAGAGAGAUGAAGGAGGCGGAGUUACGAGACAAGCAGACCAAAGAGAGAGCGUCGCAGAUAGACGAGCAGAGGAAGUACCAGCAGAAGCAAGACGUGGAUAAUCGAGCCCAGCAGAAACAGCUGGAGGAGGAGGAGGAGAAGAAGCAAGCAGCACAGCAGAAACCCUUUUAUCGUGGAGAGUCUGUGGAGAAAGCCAACGAAGCUGCGGCUCUGGUUUCUCAGCGCUCUGUUAAUCCCAGAGAGAUGUUCAAACAGAGAGAGAUGGGCAUCAACCCGACAAACACCGACUCAAACGCUCAGUCCAGUCCAAAACCAGGGCGGUUGAACAGCCCUUUUCUGUCCAAGCAGUCAUGUGAUCCAGAGCCAUUUCGCUCUCCUGUGCGUCAGGCCUCGCCUUUACGAGCCGCAGUGGCCAGUUUUGAGGAACAGCCCAGAUCUCAGUAUGUGGAAGCAGAGGCAGAAGCAGAGCCCGAGUAUGAAGAUGUACAGGUGGUCAGUGAUAAAUACGAAGCACCGGUUGAACAAAAGCAGCCCCAGUAUGAGGCAGUGGAGGAGCCGGACGCUGUAUAUGAGAAUCCCGCACAGGUGGAGGAGCAGGACACGUAUGAACCGGUGGAUGAACGCGGCGUCUGCGCAAGAGCUCUGUACGACUACCAAGCUGCUGAUGAUUCGGAGAUCUCGUUCGACCCUGAUGACAUCAUCACAGGCAUCGAGAUGAUCGAUGAGGGCUGGUGGCGAGGAUACGGUCCAGAUGGGCAUUUCGGGAUGUUCCCGGCCAACUACGUGGAGCUCCUUUAACAACAACAACAACUGAUCCCCCUCAUCAGAGCCAAAAUGCACUGAUUCACCCCUACAUCCACAAAUCUCUGAGCGAACACGGGUCCAAAAGACUGAAACUAAAAUCACGGACCAAAACAGCUACCAUCACAUGACCCGCGGGGGGGUAUUUAAACUCUCAGAUUGACAUUUCAUACUGUAUUAGUAGAGUUUUCUGAUUUUUACUUCAUUUCAAAGCGGUUAUCGUUUUAUAAAGCAGUCCUCUGAUUUCAAAUGUGCAGUAAAGUGAGCCACAAAAAAAAAACAUGACUGAUCAUGCAGAAAUGCUGGAUAUCUCUUUAGACUGAACCUUUUCUCAGUGUUUUAUCAAGACAUUCCUUUUGAACGUUAAAGAAACGCUCCAUUUAUUUUGGAAAGAGGCUCAUUUUACUGCUUCCCAAGAGUUAAAUUGUUGACACUUACCAUUUUUGAAUCCAUUCAGCUGAUCUCUGGGUCUGUCAGGAGCACUUUUAGAUUAGCUUAGCAUAAUUCAUUGAAUCGGAUUAGACCGUUAGCAUCUCUUUCAAAAAUGACCAACGACUUUCGAUAAAUUUCUAGCCAGGUAUGGCUAUGAAAUAUGCUCUUAGUCCAGCAUAAUAAUCAAGGAACUUUGCAACAAUAUCAUGGCUAUAGUUGCGCAAUUGUAUGGUAUGACAGUAAAGUUAAUUGAUUAUUACGUCAGAAUUUGAGCGAAUAGUUGCUAGACACAUCAGCAAAUAAUUUUUUAUUUUCCGUACUUGCUACUUAAUGUAACUACAGACGAGUCGAGCUUUCAAUCGGAAAAUUAUCGAAAUUCUGGUCAUUUUUUGAGUGAGAUGCUAAUGGUCUAAUCCGAUUCAAUAAACUAUGCUAAGCUAAGUUAAAAGUGCUUACAUCAGAAUGGAUACAAAUAUGGUAAAACGUAUUUUUUGGCUCAUUUUACGACUUUUCUAAAGUUAGAAAGGUGAGUUUUACCAUUUUUGAGUACAUUCUGGCGGGAGCACUUUUAGCUUAGCUUAGCAUAGAUAAUUGAAUCAGAUUAGACCAUUAGCAUCUCGCUCAAAUGACCAAAAAGUUAUGAUAAUUUUCUAGGCAGGUAUGGCUAGGAAAUAUGCUCUCAUUCCAGCAUAAUAAUCAAGGAACUUUGUGACAAUAUGAUGGCUAUAGUUGUGCGAUUGUAUGGUAUGACAGCAAAGUUAAUUGAUAAUUACGUCAGAAUGUGAGCGUAUAGUUGCUAGACACAUCAGCAAAUAAUUUUUUAUUUUCCGUACUUGAUGUAACUACAGACAAGUCAAGCUUUAAAAUAGGAAAUUUAUCGAAACUCUGGUCAUUUUUGAAUGAGAUGCUAAUGGUCUAACCCGAUUCAAUGAACUAUGCUAAGCUAAAAUGAUACAAAACAUAAUUUUUGGCACAUUUUACGAAUUAUUCUCUUAUUCCAGCCUAAUAAUUAAGAAACUUUGCGACAAUGUCAUGGCUAUAGUUGCACAAUUAAAUGGUGCGGCAGCAAAGUUAAUUAAUUAUUAAGUCAGAAUGAGUGUAUAGUCCCUAGACAUAUCGACCUAGAAAAUAGCCGCUUUUCAUUUUCUGUCAGUCUAAAUAUGUGAUGUAAAUAUAGAGGAGUCAAACAUUAAAAUUAUUGAAAUUCUAAUGAUUUUUAAGAGAGAUGCUAAUGGUCUAAUCCGAUUCAAUGAAUUAUGCUAAGCUAAGCUAAAAGUGCUUCUGCCAGAAUAAAUUAAAAAAUGGUAAAACUCACAUGUUUAAGUCUAGAGAAGUCAUAAAAUUAGCCGAUUUCCCCCCCCCCCAAAAAAAGUGGAGUGUUCCUUUAAUCAAGCGUUUGGUGCAGAUGUUUGUAGUAGAUUGUAUAUCGGUCCUGUUUCGCCUUGGUUUUUGCCUUUUUUUUCUCCACAAGAUCGAGUGCGACCGCCUUGUUUUCUUGAGGAACGCCACUCAAGCUUUGCUCCAGUGACUUUAACUGAAGUUUAUUUGCUGUGUUGUAUACGGCACUUUUCAGAUCCAGCUGAAUAUCACGAGCGAUUUAAGAUCAGUCUGGUUGUGAGCUUUUUCCUUUAAGAUCUUUUUCCUGUCCGCUCGUGAAUGUGGAGAAUAUCAAUACUGUGAUUUUUAGGUUUCAGGGAGCCGUCGAUCAUCAUUCCUCCGUCAUUUUACCUUCGGGUAUGAGUUGUGUUUGUGGAAAUCGCCGUGCUACAAAAAAACGCUUGCUUUCUUAGUUCUUUUGUCUUGUUUUUAGUCCAAUUAUCUGAAAAUUUCCUAAAUCAAGAAGCAUUAUCAAGUUAAAUGUUGAACCUAACACAUUUAACAGUGUAGAGAAGUACAAAAUAUUGUUUUGUUUUCAGAAAUAAGUCAAAAUAAAGGUGAAUUGGUAUUAAAACAAGAUAAAUAAUCGAUCAGUUGGUUAAAUAAAGGAAAAACACUCACCUAAUUUGGACUUAUUUCAGAAAAUGAGACCAUAUUUGAAGACUUUAGAUGCAAAACACUCCCAAAUUUACAUCUAAAAUGAGCAGUUUUCUCAGGCUGUUGUGUGUAGUUUGAGUAAUUUCACACAGAAUAGGUUAUUUGCAUGCCUUUAAGCUAAAAAAACUGAACAUAAACAUUCCUAUGAGGAAAAAAAAACAUUAAAAAACAUCAAUUUCAGACGCCACUUGGAGGUUUUUGCAUCUGAACUCUUCAUUUUUUUACCUUAUCUAGGAAAUCCUUCUUGAUUUUAAAAGUUUUAUAUAUUUAGACUAGAAACGAGAGUGAGAAAGCGUUUAUUUUCAUUUAUUUUUGCAGUGCGGGGCUCACGUCAGAUUUAUUUGGACCCUCAGAUAUUGAGCGUUCACACUCUUUACUGUCAGUGCUGUGCCAAUGCCUGGAGGAGUUUUUGAGGAUUUGAGAUUUUUUUUUUUUUUUUGAGAAACAUCAGACGUCUGGAAGCCGUGAAGCAGUGGUUUAGUUCCUCUCAAGAGCUCAUUGUGAAUAUCUAACAAGUCUGGACAUCAUUGUAACUUCAAUUAAAAGAAUAAAUAAAGAGUUUUAUGGCUGAA